AUGAUGGACAUGACACCCGAUAACGCGGUAGCAUCGGAUGAUUUGCCACAACGGAGACUCGAAGCUGGCGGGAGAUCUCCAAGUGUAGAUGGUCAUCGCACACGAGACCACACUUGGGCUGAUCCAGUACCAGUAGCUGACAAGGAACAAAGUGACGAAGCAGAAGAUCUGUCGAGAAACGCUGUGAGCACUCCAGAGCGUACCCGCGCCACGGCACAACAAGGAUCCAUGCGUACAAUGAUGAAACGUGUGACAAGACUGUUCCAGUCGGAAGAUGAAUUGGAUCCGACAAAACGUAAGGCACACUACCGACGAGGUUCGAUUCUAAUCAAGCACUUAGAGGAGAAGCAGGCUUCAGGUAAAGCAACGGAAACCGAUAUGAAGUUCUUCGAGGUAGUCAAGAAGAGGUUUGAUGCCAACUUCAUGGAGUCUCGAACAAUUAUCUCGCUCUCCGUCUUCCAAACGGGGUCCAAUCCCAUGGAUGACCCCUUUGCAGUCAUUCACAUGCCUGUGGAGAUCCAGCAAGGUUUCCGUCGCAAACUCUUCUCGAUCUUCACACUGCAGCUACUCGCAGUUAUCAUACUGAUUGCCUUUUUCUCCUAUGUCCCAGCAAUCGCAGACGCUUUCGAAAAAACCUUCUCCAAUUGGCACUACGUCUUCGUCAUGUUUGUGCUCAUGGUGUUGGCUCUGCUCUGGCUGUACUUGGUGAAAUACCGCUUCCCGCUCAACUUCAUGGUUCUCGGAGUGUAUACCGUCACACAGAGUCUGUUCUUCACCGCGUUUGACUGCUUGUUCGAGACCAAGGCCAGUAUCUUCAUCUUUACCUUCCUCUUCGGUAUCAUGGGGGUCACCACGUUACUGUGUACAAUAAUCAUUAGACGCUCGUUCGACCCGAAUGUCCAACCGACGUUGAUCAGCUACCCAGUCGUGCUUUUAAUCUCCUUCUUCUUGGGCUUCGUGACGUCACUAUUCAUCUACUUUUUCUACAUGGUGGAUGUGGUUUCGCCGCUGCAAUACAGUGCGUCACUCGCGGUCAUGCUGUUGCUCAUCAUGUGGUUUGCCUACGAUGCGUCGUGUAUGAACGAGAGACUCUCCCCAGACGAGUACAUGCAAGGGAUGGUGUUCUUCUACACCGACAUGGUUCUCUUCUUACUGUUUUUAAGCAUUAUUUUCGUGGCCUGCUUCGCCUGCGAAGGUGAUUGCGCAUGUUAUGGCACUGCAGAUAUCGUCCCGAUCGGACGAGGUGGUGGUGGUGAUGAUGACGAUGGAAUGGACGAUGAGAGUAAUAUCGGGGACGGUGGUGAGGGAACCGAAGGAGAGCCGUCACAAUAAAAUGUUAUAUUUUCUUGAAUAAGAAAAUGUUAUCCCCCUGACAAGAAUUAAAUACGAGGACGUAAGUUAUCGUGCAUCCACCGAGUAAGUCAUGCAAAAUGGAAAACUGUAAGCACUCGAAGCACAUACAUAAAUCUAUAUGCUUUUUCCAA